CCAGAAUCCACCAUCGCCGUUUGCAAAAAAAAUACACAGGGCACAAAUCUCUCUGCCUCCUCUCCAAGGUAACUGACUCGUGCGGCUUCCGUCGUCUGGUCACCGCCUCCGCCUCUAGGUCAUCGCUCACUGCUCUUCUUCAUCUUUAAUUUCUGUUCGAUUAGAGGUUAGGGUGACAGAAACGAUGAACCUUAGAAAAGAAGAUGGCUAGAAUUUCAUAUCGCUAGCGAUGGAAUUCGUUAGGUUUAAGAUAUGCGGCGGCUAGGGAUCGGUUGAUUAGGUAUUGCAAUGACUCGACUGUCCGGCUAGGGUGCGCAGGUUCGGUACUGUGCUUUGGCGAUUGUCAUGGUUUUUGUUUAGGUUGGGCAGUGACUGUGGAUAAGUCUGGGGUUGUCGAUGACUGUUGCGACGUAGCUUGGGGCAUUGGCGGUGGCUAGUGCUGGUCAGUGAUUGGGACGAAGGUAGGGUUUGGAGCUGGGGUUGGGAGGAGACAUAAAUGGGGCGCCAGCAGCGGUCGUAGACAGGGCUGCGGCGGCGGUAGACGGGCCUGUGCGGCGGUAGAUGGUUGGGGCGGCGGUUGCCAAUCAGCAGUGGAAAUUGACAGGGUUGCGGGGUCGGUCACUUGACGGCCUGUGCGGCGGUAGAUGGUUGGGCCGGCGGUUGCCAAUCAGCAGUGGAAAUUGACAGGGCUGCGGGGUCAGUCACUUGACGGGCAUCAGUUACUAGAUGGAGCGGGGCAGGGUCAACAAAAAGAGCGGGGUGGUGGCACCGGUCACUCAACGGGUGGUCGGCGGCAGGGGUUGGCGCAAGCGGUCGGCGACGGUGUUGUUGGUGUAAGGACGUGGUCACUGGUCAGGGAAAUGUUAGUCAAUGGCCGACCCGCGACGGUAUUGGUCACUGAGCGGAUAAGAUAAUUGUAAUUGAUCGGGUCGAGUAACUGUAAUUGAUUUAAUUGAGUAAUUAUUACUGGUGGAAUCAGACAAACGUAACUGGUCAGUCGAGUAACUGUAACCGAUCGGAUCAGGUGAUGAUUGUAUUUCGAUUGUAAGCGGCUCCCAAAACGUUGGAGCAACAAAUAUUACUUGCGGGCCAGGGCAUGGAAUAAGGUUAUAAUGACAUUUUUAUUUAUAUAUGUUUAUGAGUGUGUGUAUUAUUAUAAUUAGGAAAUUAAAUAAUGUAUAUAUGUUAAUUAAAUUGAUAAUUCGUUGUUGCUUUCUGUAUUGUCGUUUUCAGUCAGACUUUUACAUUAAGUAGGGGUGAUGGGUGCUCUAGCCACGUUUGGCUCAUUUAGACCCAUUAUAGGACAAGCGAAUCAUAUUGCUCUAUACAGGGUGAUUGGUUCUCCAACUGGUCCGAGGGUCGAUGGCUGGAAGUAUUUCCUUUGUCGUUUGUAUCCCUUGCUGAAUGUUUUAUUAUCAAUAUAAGCCCCCUUGUUACCAAAAAAAAUUAAAUUGAUGAUUAAAAUAUUAAAUUGAUGAUAAAUGGUGGCGAUUAGCAUUGGAAGCUUAGGAGGUGUUAAAUCGAAAGCUUUUGUGUCUGGGAUUGUUGUGAACGGCGCAAACCUCACUCGGACUUCAAAUGGGGUCAGGAUCAAGACAUGGCCGGGAGGAUCUGGAUGUGCACAAAACAUCAUAUUUAAGAAUAUAGAGAUGCAUGAUGUGAAAAAUCCGAUUAUCAUAGACCAAAAUUACUGCGACCCCAAGGACAAGGCGUGCAUCACCAAGCCGACGUCGUCGGCUGUGGAAGUGAAAAAAGUGAGGUACGAGAACAUAUCAGGAAGCAGUUCGAAGGAUACGGCGGUGGUGUUCAGAUGUAGCACGGCGCAUCCGUGCCAAGACAUUGUUAUGCGGAAUGUGAGUUUGGUAGGGAAAAGGGGCGCUCCGGCAAAAGCUGAAUGCCAGAAUGUCAAUUUCAGCAAUAAUGUCGCCGCCGAUCAUGUCUCGCCGCUUUGCCCAGCUAAUCUCAGUAUUACUCAGUUUGUUCACCAUCCCAUCGACAUAUUAGCUCAGUUAUUUAACAGUAAUACUAUAGCUAGAAUGUUUACUUUAGUUAAUUAGUUAACUAGAUUAUUUUUGCUAUGUACUUGUAUUUCUAAUUUUCUAUGUAUAUAUAUAUAUCAUCUCUGUGGCCCUGGUACUUGUCAAGUGUUAUAUCAUUAAUAAUUGUAAUCUAUAGUCUACGCUCAUAAUUUUCAAUAUGUAUUAAUGUCGCUUGAUUGGGAUGGCACUCAAAUGUUCGAC